AUGUCAUCUCUCUCUUUGUUAGACUACAAGGAGUAUCAUACUGACACGACAGUCAGAUUCGUCGUGACACUGUCUGCAGACAAAACUACUGAAGUUGGAAGAGGAAGGUCUCCACAAAGCUUUCAAGCUGCAGUCCAGUAUGAGCAUCUCUUGCAUGAGUUCUACGAGGUGAGACUGGAGUACUACGAGAAGAGGAAGGCUUACCUGGAGGGGAUGCUGCAGGCUGAGGCGGCCAAGCUAAGCAACCAGGCCAGGUUCAUCGUUGAGAAAUGUGAUGGCAUUUUGACCAUUGAGAACAAAAAGAAGAAGGCCAUGAUUGAAGAGUUGGUCAAGAAAGGUUACGACUCCGAUCCUGUCAAGGCUUGGAAGUUAAAGCAAGACAGGGAAGCAGUUUUG